AUGGUUUUGUGCUGGGUUGUUGGAUGUUGCCAUUACAACGAAAAAGAUUGUUGCAAAUUCUAUCGCUUUCCAAUAAAUUUGAAAGAAAAAAAAUGGAUAGAGUUGAUAAGAAGAACUGAUGAACCUAAGACAGGAGCUCGCGUAUGCAGCUGUCACUUUGUAGAGGGUAAAAAAGAAAAUGGACCAACAAUCCUCCCCCAUCGUCCUCAUCAGUUUGGUACAUAUCACUUGACACCUGAGAAAAAAAGAUUUCUCCAAAUUGAAAUUAAAAUAUCUUGGCAUAAAAGUAAACUGUUUAUUUAUUUCCUUAUUUUUUUUCUUAAUGUGUUUUACAGUUUAAAGUUGAACGAUAAUAACAAUGCUUCAAAUGGUUCAAUAGUUUCAGAAGUUCAAAAUUAUUUUCUCCAAAAAGAAAAUGAAGCAAUGAAAAUUGAACUAAGACAUUUAGGAAUAAAAUUUAAUUAUGCAAAUUUAAAUCAAAAUUAUGAACUGUUAAAUUCUUACACUGGUUUACCUUCAAACUCAGUGUUUCAAGCGCUUUAUAAUUUAGUAAAAUCAUUGAAUAUUGAAUAUCAUUUAAUGUGCUACCGGGUUCCAGGUGAUCUAAUUCUAGCAGAUAAAGGGUUUCUAAUUAGAGAUAUAUUACCACCAGGAGUAUCAUUGAAUAUCCCUCCAUUUUUAGACACUCCACAAUUUACUCCUAAUCAAGUAGUACAGACUGAAACAAUAGCAAAAGCUAGGAUACAUAUUGAAAGAGCAAUUCAAAGAAUAAAAUGCGACUCAAUACUAGAUGUUAUUCCUUUUUCGAUGCUUAAACAAGCAGAAAGUAUUUUUCAAGUGGUUGCGGCGUUAACAAAUUUGCAGCCUCCACUUAUUAAAGAAAUUCAAACCCGCAUGUGA